GCGCUUUCCUCUCAUCGCCUUCAUAUAAUACACAGAGAACUGGGCCGAAAUCUUCACCCUAGCUUAGACGUAAAUAUACGAUUUCAAGCCAUUUAUCAUCAAUAAUGGCGAAAGGCAAGAACCUCAAUCCAGCGGAUGCCCUGAGAAAGGCGCAAAGAAAGAAGGAGCUGAAAAAGAACAAAGAACAGAGGCAACGGAAUAGAGACUUUGUGCUUGUAAAGAAGGAUACCUCGGAACUGGAAGACGAAGUUGCAGUACUAGAGAAAAGUGCAGAAUUGACGAAAGCCCAAAGCUCCCGGCUUUCGGAGUUGAAGGCAGAGUUAGCGAAGGUCAUGAAGAAGAAAGAGGAAUAUGUUACGGAACAUCCGGAACAGCGUAAUCUUGUUUACCGUCGGCGACGAGAAAAGGAAGGAGACCAAGAGAAGACAGACACCGUUCCUCCUGAAAAGAGAAAGAGGAACUUGUUCAACAAGAAUGGUCUGCCAAAACACCCUGAACGCAGCGUCUAUUACGAUCCAGUUAUGAAUCCCUACGGAAUGCCUCCACCAGGCAUGCCUUACGCUGAGAGAGCUCUGCUACCUGGUGAGGUCGACAGCGAGGCGGAAAGUGCUGGUUCAGAUGCAUCCGAUGAUGACAUCCCAAUGCCAGACGGACCGCCUCCGGAUGCUUCUAACGACAACGACGAUCAGAGCGAUGAAGACAUCCCUCUCCCAGAUGGACCGCCUCCAGACGCAGCGGAGGAAUUGCCUUCUGAGCCUCCUCUACCACCUGGUCCACCGCCGCUUCCCCUAGGUCUGCCACCUACUAUGCCUCCUUUCGCUCCUAAUUUUGCGCCGCAGCUGGUCACUGGGAUACCUUUCCCUCCUGCAUCUGUCAUGUCUGCGACCGGCCAAGGAUUACCUCCUCUUCCUCCUCCACCGCCGCCUGGAUUCUCUUAUUCGGUGGCACCCGUUCCCCCUCCGCCUCCUGGUUUCUUUUCACGACGUGGGCAGCGUUUAGCUCCAGGUGCAAUGCAGGAUCCUCUAUCCGACAUUCCUCAUCAAACUUACCAAGCUCAUCGUGUUGCACGCGCUGCGGCGGGAAGCAACUCAACACUCACGCCCAGUACUCUUCCUAUUAACCCGAGCUUACCUGCGAAACCCGUUUCCGCUGAUCCUGGUGCUAGUAACCCCCCGAAGCGGGACGUAGAUAGCAGCGCGACAGUCAGCGCAGAGCCUCAGCUACGUGACUUCAAGAAAGAGAGUACUGCGUUCGUGCCUGCUGCUCUUAAACGCAAAAAAGUUGGUGGUGCUACAAGCGGCCGCGUGAAUGCUGCACCGUCCAUUGGGGCUGAAACCACAGGUGAUGCAAGUGGUGAUAAUGUAACUGGCGAAGACGUUAAGACGGCACCAAAACCUGAUCUACUGGGCUCGUUACGUGAAAAGUUCGGCCCGAUGGCAAAUAGCGCGAAUGCUACAGCUGACGAUGGCGAGUCCGGCGCGAAGAAGCGAAAGAUUGAGAGGCCGAAAGAUGAUUAUGAUAAGUUCUUGACGGAGAUGGGAGACAUGCUAAAUGCACAAUCUUAAUUGUUACUGUACUGUACAUACAUCUCGGCCAUCUCCUUUGACUCUUGCUUUUAACAAGCGUAGCAGGAGUGCCCCAAGUACUCUCUCUUAUUAAGACAUCAAGCAAGUAUCUACCUUAUAUACUACAUAGUGAAGUCUGAUAAUCUGAGACAUUCCAAGUACAGUAAUUCUACAUAAGGCAAUUAGGGAUUU